AUGACGGAGUGCAGCGGAGGGCCGCGGGGAGCCCCGAGUGGGGUGUCUGAAGAGGUACCGCGAUGCCGUCAACGUCGUGACAAAGGCAGUUUUCGGCAACGGCCUCCAGUUUUGAAGCUUUUGAUACUUGUGAUGUUAGCAGUCCAAAGAAACUUCUUGCUAGCAGGUCUUCCUCCCUAUUCCUAUCCUUUCUUACUCAGCUGUCCUCCUGCUAGUGUUGUAAGAGCUUACCUAUCUGCAGAUGUUGCCCGAGGCCGUGCCGUGCCCGGUGGCUCGGCUGGCGCGGGGUGCAGCGCGGCGUGCAGCGCGGCUGCGCUACCCAGCCGCGGACUGACGCAGAGCCAGAGCGGGACGGUGCCGAGCAGCGGAGUCUGCUCUGGCAGAGCGCACAGCGGGGCAGCAGCGAGUCGGUGGCUGCUGGGACCGCUUGCUCGGGCACGUUGCCGGAGUGUACCUGCUCUAAAUGCCUACAAUACAGAGGAAUCCAGCUACUUCCAAUGGGAUGCAUUUGCACAGAGGAAUAAUUCCUCAAUUAAGAUGGGUAAUAAGCAAACGAUAUUUACUGAUGAACAGCUAGAUGCCUACCAGGAUUGCACAUUCUUCACUCGGAAAGAAAUCCUUCGGUUGCAUGGGCGAUACCAUGAAAUGGCACCAAACGUUGUGCCCAUGGACUAUACAAAGGACCCAGACGUUAAACUACCUAUGCAGCUUAUAAUAAACAUGCCUGAGCUGAAGGAGAAUCCCUUCAAGGAAAGGAUUGUGUUAUCUUUCUCAGAAGAUGGAGAGGGGAGCCUGAGCUUCAAUGAUUUUGUGGAUAUGUUCUCUGUGCUCAGUGAAAUGGCUCCCAGAGAGCUUAAAGCAAUCUAUGCCUUUAAGAUUUAUGAUUUUAACACAGAUAACUUCAUUUGUAAAGCAGACUUGGAACAAACCCUCAAUAAGCUGACCCGAGAAGAGCUAACAGAAGAAGAAAUCACUCUGGUGUGUGAGAAAGUGAUAGAAGAAGCUGACAUGGAUGGUGAUGGCAAACUAGGAUUUGCAGAUUUUGAAAACAUGAUUUCCAAAGCACCAGACUUUCUCAGUACUUUCCACAUAAGAAUCUGAAGAUGUUUCUGUGAACCAGCGUUACCAGAAAUGACUUGCCAGUCCAGCCUUUCUGAAUCUCAGGCAUGUUGGGGGCUUCUGUGCCCUAAUUUCAGCUUCUUAGAACUCAGCAGACAGUACUGAUAUAAUUCUGGUCCACAAGGAGACAGAAGCAUCAUGUGAUGUACAGGAUACUUGGAACAGCCACGUUUUUACCAUCACUGCUAGCCAAGCACUCUGGCAAAGGUGGUUGGUUAUUGGGUUGUGGGUGGUAUUUUUUUUCUUUUGUAAGCAAGCAGAAUCAGAAUAUUAUUAAAGGUAUUUCCACAUAGUUUUUAUAUUUAUUAAUAUUGCUCUUAAAAGUGCAAAAAAAAUUGUUGGAAAGAUUAGCUUUGGUGACUUUUGGUGACUUUAUCCAAGAGUAUUUGAAAGAAAGCAUGGGCCUUAAAUAAUGAGAUGCCUCUAUCACUGUGUCUGUACAGCUGGGGAUCUUGCGUGGAAAUUAACUUAGGUGAAAGAACUGCAGGCAAGAUCAAGCUCCCAGUGUUGAAGACAACCACAUCCCAGGUUUGCAUUUCUGGGUUUGGUGCUUACCUUCAACCAAUAUUUUAGAUUGUCAUGUCCUUACAAAACUUGAAAUACUUGCCUUUUGUAUGAGAACUGCAGACAUGAUUCAUUUCUUCCCAAGAUAAAUGUAAUAACUGUGUCCUUACUCUCCAAGUGGGUUCUGGGCUGGUAACGUUGAAUGGAAGAAGUAUGAUCAUCUGUAACUCAUGAAGAAGUUAAAGAAGCACAGAACUAUUGUUGAAGACACGAAAAGAUGUUUUCUUUCUAAAUCAGCUAUGCAAUCUUCCCCAUAGAAUGCAUGAAUGCAGCUCUGUAUUUUUCUUCUUCCCUCUCCAGCUGGAAAUCAGCUAAGUUUCAGUAUUUCUUUUUAAUUCCAGUAUUGUUUAGGUACUGGAGCCUGAAGACAAUCAUAUGUGUAUUACUGUUCUAACAGUCAAUAGAAGGGCUCUGUCACUUACAUGGCUUCUGUAUCAAAGUCACCACAAUUAAAACCUUUGACGCA